CGAACCAUUUAAGCAAAACACAAAAAAGUACUUGAAAACUGUGUCUCUGUGAGAGAAAGAGUCAAGAGGUACAGUCCUUCAAAGCUCUCCCAUCAAUCUCAUCACAUAUUCACAUCCACAACAAAGAUCACCACACUCUUUUUCUUGCUUCACCAUUUCCAGCUUCAUUUCCCUGUCUCUCUCUCCUCCAUCCAUCCCUUUUCAGAAUAUGGAAUUCCGUCUGUAAUAUCAAUCAAUAAUUACGGUCUGUUUUGUUUCCUUGUUUUCAUAAUCAGACACUAGAAAUCAAUCAGAGAUUCAUCCAGUACAGUUCUCCGGACCACUCUUUUUCCAAAGUUAUUAAAUCCAAACUCUCUCUUCUCUGUGGUGAGAAUCAGAAACCCUAAAAGAAGAAAAAGGAGAUUAGUAAAUCCAUGGAUUCAAUCCCAGAGAUGGAUGACUCCCCCAACUCUACAGAACACAAAAUUCAGAACCAUAACCUAAUCAUGACCACACCUGGCAUGAUGAUAACCAGCAGCGCAGCUGGUUCUGGUGUGACACUAGCAGUCUCGGCUUCUUCUUCUUCAUCUUCCCCUGCUUCCAGUAGUCGUUACGAGAACCAAAAGCGCCGUGACUGGAACACCUUCGGGCAGUACCUGAACAACCACCGCCCUCCGCUCUCCCUCUCCCGCUGCAGCGGUGCUCAUGUUCUCGAAUUCCUCCGCUACCUCGACCAGUUCGGGAAGACUAAAGUCCACACUCCAAUCUGUCCCUUCUAUGGUCACCCCAAUCCGCCAGCCCCCUGCCCCUGCCCGCUGCGUCAGGCCUGGGGAAGCCUGGAUGCCCUCAUCGGUCGGCUUCGGGCCGCCUUCGAAGAAAACGGAGGCAAGCCGGAAGUUAAUCCUUUCGGAGCUAGAGCCGUUAGGCUCUAUCUUCGUGAGGUCCGGGACUUGCAGUCCAAAGCAAGAGGAAUUAGCUACGAGAAGAAGAAGCGGAAGCGCCCCCCGCUGCCACAACAGUUGCCACCACCACCUCAGCACCACCCUCCUCCGGGUGCCAGCUGUCAGUAAGCUCAAGUUAUAGCUCUAACGAUGAUCCAUUGAUAUAAUCAAUGGAAAAUGAUGAGCUAUACGAGUUGAGAUAAAAUCGAUCAGUCCCGCUUUAGCAGAUGGUAUUUUCUUUCUUAAAUUCCUGUCUUUUUUUUUUUCUACUUAGCUGAGUCUAUGCCGGUAUGGUACUUGGGUGUUGUCUAGGGUUUAGCAGUUAAUUUUAUGUGGUUGUUGGUAGCCACUCUGAGCACUACUAGAGAGACUACUUGUGUUUCAGUUUAUGUGCUUAAUUUUCUGUGUCUUCUAUUUGCUAUGAGCAUGGAUCGAAAGUAACUAUUGUUCCUUAUUAUCUUUUUGUGA